AUGUCUCCUUCUCUCCAGGAGGAAAAACCCAUCCCGCGCUUUGCCAGCUUCAAGCCGCCGCCAGCACCUCCGCCCGCUGAUCGCAAAGAGAGAGAAGAGAAGGAGAGCACUCGACACCGUUCCAGUCAUCAUUCAAGACAUAGGAGUCAUCGCGAUCGCUCCCGAUCGAAAGAACGUCGCAGAGAUCGAGAACACCGAGAACGAGACCGCCGAGAACAUCGCCAUGCGCGUCGAGAGCCGGAACCUCGCCGUCGCGAGACUCCAAGGGAACCCACUGAAGACCGAUCGUCGAAAAGCGUGAAGGUACCUGAGGACGAGGUCCAAGAUCUCUACGUGAUUGAUCGCAAGGGUGACAAAUACAACCUGGUCUAUGGGACCAUCCAUCGUUAUAGCAUUCCACUCUAUCACCGAGUAGGUCGAGGGAGUGUAUUGGGUCUCCCUCCGAACUAUAAGAUCGACCGAGAUACCGCCGACGGAGACGCGUUGGUCGUAAGGACAGAUGCAUGGCGCUCCGAUACGUCCAAAACUAAAUCCAAGCGUGUCCUAGCAGGCCUAAAUAAACAGCGACCAAAGCUACUGCGAAUACGCCAGCCGUCGUCGCCAGAUGAAGAUGCAGAUGCCGACAAAGACUAUCUCCCCCUCAACAGCUCUAGUAGUCGACGACGUCAAGCGACCGUUGGCGAGAUUGAAUCGGACGAUGAGAAACACGCUUAUCGGUCGAUCCAUGGCAAAGCGAAACCGGAAGACGACAUCCCGAGCGACCUGGAGGCCGUCUCGGACAGCGGAUCCAGUGAUGAUGAAGCUGCCCGCGUCGAUCCGGACGAGGAGAUCAAACAACGAAAUGUGGAACUGACCAGGAGUGUCGAAACAAAUCCAACCAAUGUCGGCACGUGGCUACAACUGAUCAAUCACCAAGAAACUCUUCUGCUGGGCGCUGGACGAGAAUCCCGCGCCUUGACUUAUGCAGAGAAACAGAGCUUGGCUGAUAUCAAAUUAUCGCUGUAUGACAAGGCGCUCAAAAGGUCUGGUCAGAACCCUGUCCGUGAUCGUCUGCUCCUGGGCAGACUGGAAGAGGGUGCGAAACUAUGGGAUACGAAGAAAUUGUCUGCACAGUGGCAGGCUGUAUUGAAAUCGAAUUCUCAGUUCAUCAGCCUCUGGAUCAAGUAUCUGGAUUUUCGACAGACUGAAUUUCUUGAUUUUACCUACGAAAGAUGUCUGUCCACAUUUUUAGAGUGUUUGAAGCUCAAUCGGUCGGCUCCAGAUAACCCCGGAAAAGUCCACGUCCAGAUCUACCUGUUCCUGCGGCUGACGGUCUUCAUUCGCGAAUCCGGGUUCACCGAGCACGCUGUUGGUCUCUGGCAAGCAAUUCUUGAAUUCACCUUCUUCAGUCCGCCGCGAUCCGAUGCCGACUCACAGGCGCUCGUCCGGAGCUUUCUGGACUUUUGGGACUCGGAGGCUGCUCGUAUUGGCGAAGUCGGUGCAAAGGGCUGGGCUAACGGUGGUGGUACUCCACCAGAUCCCGCAACCUUCACACCAAUUUCACGCGUCCAUUCAAAGGCGAUUUUUAAGACAUGGGAAGUCUGCGAAAGAGAGCGGAUCUUCAAUGCUCGACUCCCAGGUCGCAGCUUGGACGAAUCCGAAGACGACGAUCCUUUCCGAGUCAUACUUCCGUCGGAUCUUGAGGAAAUCGUAUCAUUAUUCUGGGAUAUGAAUUCACCCGAGGAAUUGGCCGACGCUUUUCUGAUUUUUUGCCAACUCCCACCUCUCAUUUCUGCAAGAAAUCUUGAAACAACUGCCUGCUGGGUUGGCGACAGCUUCCUUCAAAAUUAUCUUGUGAAUAGCGCACACUCUACCCUUGAAGACUGGCUUCCCUCAAGCUCUGCCAGUACCGACCAGCCAAUCCUCUUUCCUCAUCAGAAGUUCAUUCACACUCUUCAGACGCUCUUUGCCGAUCAGGGGACAUGGUUUGCCUCCUUAAAAUCAUGGGCUCAUGCGACUUCGCUCUCACGAUCCGAUAUUGAUCCUGACUGGGUUCGGCGUGUUCUGAAAUUGUUAGUGGAGGCAAUGCCACUGAACGAGCAUCUAGCGGAGUAUACCGUCGCGGUAGACUUCGCAUGCAACAACAAAGAUGCCAAGAAAUAUGCAAAGUCGUUGCUGAAGAAGCGAUCGUCUAGCUUGCGACUCUAUAACUGUUAUGCGCUCAUAGAGCGGCGAUCAGGCAAUCUGGCCGCCGCCGACCACGUCUGGGCGACUUCUCUCUCGAUGAGCAAGACGUUCGCCGAGAAGGACCGGGCUAAGAACGUUCUGCUAUGGCAUGCAUGGAUAUGGGAGUUGCUAGAAGCUCGAAAUACAGCUCACGCCUCUCACCUUCUGCUGUCUAUGCCCGACAACAGCAUCGACCUGAAGGCAUUCCCUGAUCCUUCCAGUCAACCCACCAUUAGCCCAACAAGUUUUCUCAAGAUUCAGAGUUGUCUGUCGGGGACGCAGGAAACUGCCCUCGCCGCCGGGGCUGCCGACGUCCUCUCUGCAUGCACCGAUUGUCUGGCCAUCCUUUUCUAUCUCACCAAUUCGCUCGACCUCGUCAAAUCACAGGAGGCAUACCUCAACGCCAUCCACAGACUUACCUCAAUGCCAUCCCAAAUUGGGAUAUUCCGACCAUUCGCAAUCCAACUUCUCCACCAGUCACGCGCACGACUCCUCUACCACCACGUCCGCACCAGCACCCUCUACAAACCAUCCUACAUCCGGACCCUGCUAACAGAGAGCAUCUCCCUCUUCCCACACAACACCAUGUUCCUCUCCCUCUUCGCUUGGAACGAAUCCCGCUUCCGAAUCGAAGAACGCGUCCGAGACACCAUCAGAGACAUAACCACGCACCCCCGAAACACAAACGCAAGCGGAAACACCCACGACCUCCUCGCCACAUCCCAAGUCCCGAUAACCUCGCACCUCUUCUCCAUCUACACCGAACUCAGCCGCCCGGUCCACGCCGGCUCAACCAUUCACUCUGGCCGCGCAGCGUUCGAAAAAGCCAUCACCGACCAAGACACCUCUUCCUCAACCUUGCAACCCCCCUCCACCGCCCGCUCCAACCUCACCCUCUGGAAACUCUACGUCCUCUUCGAACUCUCCCACCACGACAUCCCGCGCGCCAAGGACGUCUUCUACCGCGGCAUGCGCGCUUGCCCCUGGGCCAAGGAACUCGUCAUGUUAGCGUUUAGCCAUCUGCGCGCGGACCUUGUGCGGGAUCUCAGUUCUUCAUCGCGGCAGGACGAAGGAAUGGGCUUUGAUGAGCUGCGUCGGGUGUACAAUGUCCUCGUGGAGAAGGAGUUGCGGAUCCAUGUUGAUAUCGAGGAUCUGUUGGAUGAAGUGGCGGCGAAGAUGCAGGGACGGGCUGUGGCGUUGGGGGUGCCGAUUACGAUGCCUGAGGAUGCGGAGAGUGGGGAUGAGAUUAUGGGGGUGUAG